AUGUUGACAGAAUCACGUAAUUCGGAUUCCGAGUCAACUAGCACAGUAAUGUCGGUAAAUUCUUCAUCUUCUACAAGAGGUGGAUCAAAGCGAUCAUGUUUUUCCGGCGCCGACUCCGACUCCGACUUGACCAGAGGAUCAAAAAGGAGUAGGGUUAAUAAUAGUAAUAAUAAUAAUAAUAAUAGUAAGCAUCCGGUUUACAGGGGGGUCCGAAUGAGGGCAUGGGGGAAAUGGGUAUCGGAGAUCCGAGAACCCAAAAAGAAAUCUCGGAUCUGGCUUGGAACAUUCGCCACCCCAGAAAUGGCGGCGAGGGCUCACGACGUUGCCGCACUUUCUAUUAAAGGAAACUCUGCUAUUCUUAAUUUUCCGAUGAUUGCCCAAUUCUUGCCACGUCCGGCCACGUGCUCCCCACGUGACGUCCAGGAAGCGGCGACAAAAGCGGCGGCGAUGGAUCAGUUCGAUACUCAGUCUAAUCCAUCGCCGCCGCCGGACGAGGUGGCGCCGGCCGCGUCCCCGGAGGAGGAAGAGGAAGAGAUGUUGGGGGAAAUAGUUGAGCUUCCGAGUUUGGGGACGAGUUAUGAAUCUAGCGAGUUGAGUCAUGAGGAAUUCUUAUUUGUUGAUGACGUGGAGGAAUGGUAUUAUCAUCAACCUGACACGUGGACAUGGUGGCAUGGAAAUAAUAGUGUUUUUAGUGAUGACUCAGCAGACUUUUUUUCUACCCAUUUUGACCCUCCUUUGUAAUUUCUUUUUUCACUUUUUUUUUUGAGAUAAAUUGAGUUCCAAGGGAUGCAUGAUUGUGGUUUAAUUUAUUUAACAACUUAAUAAGGUAAUUAAAUGAUUGGAUUAGGUAAUAAUAAAGUUUUUUUUUUAUCUUGACCGUGAUGGGGGAAUUUGAUUCAACGGUUACUAUUUAUUUGUUGACAAACAUGUUUUAAUCAAUGGGUAUUUAAUUUUCUUGUGGGGACAGUUCGUUUGGUGUAUAUAUAUGGUUCAUUAUUUAGUUGUUGAAAGAUAGAUUUGCAUAU